AUGUUGAAGCAGAGCAAGCAAGAACCUUGCAAAAGGAGGGAACAAUUGAAGAUUGAGGCUGAUGGAAUGAAAAUUGAAAUUAAUGAAAUCAAAAAACUGCUCACAGAAAAGAAUGCAUUAUUGCCCGAUAUAGAAAAUGAUUUGGUCUACAGGGAUGAAAGCAAAUUGACAACACGUUUGGAAGAAUUGGAGAUUGCAUACUCUCAAACGAAGUUCACUUCUAGUUGUACUGAAAAAGCAGUGAUUAAGGAAAUCGAUAAAUUGAAACGGAAUCGAGCCAAUUAG